AUGGCGGAGGCGGGAAACGCGAGCGUGGACCUUGGGCUGCUGGGAGGCGACACUAGGCAGUGGCCUCUGCAACGCUAUGGCCGCUUCGUGCCGACGGGCGACGGGGAGCCGCCAGCGCCUGGCCAGGGGGCCAGGGCUGCUUCCUCCCACACGUGGAAGGUUUUUGAUUCCAGUGAACAAUCCGGAUAUCUUGUUCUCACCAUAGUUAUAUCGGGUCAUUUCUUCAUCUCACAAGGGCAGACGCUACUGGAAGGGUUCUCGCUCGUCGGCAGCAGGAGCUGGUUGAAGAUCGUGAGACGCAUGGACUGUCUACUCUUUGGAACCACGGUAAAGAGCAAGAGCCGCAUGUUCCGGGUGCAGUUCGCCGGCGAGUCCAGGGAGCAGGCGCUGGGACGCUGCUGCAGCUGCGCGCAGAGCCUGGCCCAGUACACGGCCGUGGAGGGGCCAGGCCCUGACCUGCCAGCGGGGGACGGCCUGGAGGAGGACGGGGCCGGGCACGUGCCGCCGCAGCACGCAGCCCAGAACCCGGAGCAGCAGGCGUGGCAGACAGCGGGCCGGGCCGGGCCAGGGCCCAAGACCUCGGUGACGGAGCUCGCUCAGGCCAUCCUGGCGACAGAGGAGCUGCCCCCCGCCUACCGCCAGUCUCCACGGGGUGCGGAAGAGCUGGGCCCCUUCCUGCGCCUGUGCCUCCUGGACCAGCACUUCCCGGCGUUUGUGGAGGAGGUGGAAAAGGAACUGGAGAAGCUGACAGGGCUGGGGAAUGGCCUGUUCCGCUCCUUCGCAGAGGCGCAGACACAGCCCGAGAGGGCCUUUGUGGGGCAAGGGAAGACUCGGCUGGGCGAGCUGCAGCCCAGCCCCCCCACACCAGCUCCUGAGGACUCUACCAGAGGCAUCCCAGUAGAACCUCAAGACUUCUGA